UGUUUUGCAUUUGGAGAGAGAGAGAGAGAGAGAGGAGAGGAGAGGAGAGGGGGAGAGAGUGGCGAUGGGGAGGGCGAAGGUGAUCGCGUGGGGAGCGGCGAUCGUGGCGUUCGUGGUGCUCAUGAUCGUGACCCCGGCGAUCCCGCAAUCCGAGGAGUACCACGACUUCGCCGAUCAGCGGGAGCUCUUCUUCGGGAUACCUAAUACACUAAAUGUCAUUUCAAAUAUUCCUUUCUUUUUUGUGGGCCUUGUUGGUCUUGUACUUUGCCUUCGUGGAAACUACUUCAGGCUAAGCUCCCAAGGCGAGCUAUGGGGUUGGAUAUGUUUCUUUGUUGGUGUGGCUGCUGUCGCUUUUGGCUCUUCCUAUUACCAUCUGAAGCCAGAUGAUGCUCGGCUUGUCUGGGAUCGCUUACCUAUGACUAUUGCUUUCACAUCAAUCAUGGCAAUUUUCAUCAUCGAAAGGGUCGACGAGAAGACCGGAGCAACAUCUAUUCUACCCCUCAUAAUGGCUGGUAUUUUAAGCAUCUUAUAUUGGAGAUUCUUUGACGAUCUCCGCCCAUAUGCACUUAUCCAGUUUGUUCCGUGCAUCGCUAUACCUGUGAUGGCUAUUAUAAUUCCUCCGAUGUAUACUCAUACUAGCUACUGGCUGUGGGCAGCAGGAUUUUAUCUACUAGCCAAAGUGGAAGAAGCUGCAGAUAAACCAAUUUACAAAUGGACUCAUCACAUUGUCAGUGGGCAUACCCUUAAGCAUCUAUGCGCUGCAAUGGUUCCUGUUUUCUUGACGCUUAUGCUUGCAAAGAGGACUAUCCAACCAGACAAAACCAGUUUACUUCAGCAGUGGCGAGUUUACUGGAUAAGUGUGAGAGAAAGGCGCUUCAAGGCGGGGACGGUCGAGAGCUUAAAUUGCGAGUACACUGUAGUUUCAACUACAACACCAGAGGAAAUUUCAACUACGACACCAGAGGAAAUUUCAACUACUAUACCAGAGGAAAGAAAUUCGAGCUCACCCCAGUAAAUUCUUUCCAACUUACUAAAUAGUCAUUUUACACAACGUAACUGGGAACCAUAACUUCUAUUUACCACACACCGGAGCAUGCUAGAAACUAAUUUUGUAAAUAGGUUGUUGUUGUAUAUCUGCUUUUGUUUGUAAGUUUAAUGACUGGAUCUUUUGAAUGC